AGAAAAGAUAAGAAUAUAUUAUAAAUACGUUGAAGUCAACGUUCACCUUAUAACACCACGCAGAGGGAAUCAGAAUUAUCAGAGAAGAUGGGUGACGAGAAAGCUGCAAUGAAUUCAAGAAUAAGAAAUCGUGAAUUUCCAGAGUUGGACAAAUUCUCGAAAAGAGUGUUAGUGUUUCUUCUUGCGGUGUGUUCCAUCACUCUAGUCGUAACACUUUGUAUGACGUUCAUAUCUAUGACAGAAUAUCUGAUGGUGACUGCCUUGUCAUAUGUCGUCCUGGCUGUUGUUGAUGUCGCGGUAGUGUAUGUCCUCGUGGUGUCCGCUAGAAUAAGAAAACAAUUCCCCUUGAAUUUGUUGUUGACGAUGUUACAUUCUGCUUGCCUAACUGUACUCGCAGAAGUUGCAUUCAUUGGAAGAAAGAUUAUUUGGGUGCUUUUCGUGUUGGCACUAGCUGUGGCGAUCUACACGACAUGUAUAACAAUGGGUGCCAGGUUGAAAAGAGAACUACAUGUGGGUACCGUCAGAAUGCUGAUAGGCUACAUCAUCUUCUCAGUUGUAAUCGCCGCUGUCACACUUGCAGUUUACUCUUCGACUCAGUAUUUCGCCUUAUACAUCGGUCAGAUAACAAUUGGCCAACUGGAGUUCAGAGCAUUUGAUCCAGAUUACUGUACAGCUGCAAUGAUUUUACAUGCCACUUUCAUCAUAUUUCUGAUUGCACUCGGCAUUGGAUUUAUACGUCCAAGGAAUGUACCAAUGAUGUCAGACUUAAUUGAACUGAGUUUAUGAUUUCCACGGUAUUUCAGUAGGAAAAUGUGCAUUUUAUAAUUAACUGUCUCCAAACACCUUCUAUACUGUUAUGUAAAUAAUUUGUAAUCGAAAUGAAUAAACGGAACUUUCUAAUAAAAGUGAG